AUGGCGUCCGUUUCGCAUGAUACUGCUCACGUCAAGCGUCGGCGGAGGGAUCCUCGACGACGACGAGUGAAUAACAGGAACCCUGUAUCUGCCAGACUAGUGCUUGAUCAUCAUAUACAAGGAGAUGUUGGAAUCCUGUCUGAUGAUUUAGCAGUAGAUUUGUUUCCGGGGUCGAGUGCCCAAGCUCUAGCAGAAUCACAGGAAGUGCGGUAUAUUGCCAUAUCUCCAUGGUCGCCGCAUAAUCUCCUUGUGGACGACGUGCAGUGGACCAUUAUCCCUAUGCGCCUCCAAUCGGCCACUAAAUCGCAAUCCUCGCCACUAUCUCCUUCGACUGUCAAUUUCCCAGCAUCUAGCGGCUCAAUACAGUCAUUUGUUCAAGCGUUCGAGAUGUUUGACCCGACUCGAAAUUCGAUAUCGAGCCAACGAGAAAUCGAAAUUCAUGUGCUAGCCGUGGUCCCGCUGUAUCUGGAUACUGUGUAUGUGACGGUUGAACGCCAUCUGCUCAGUACGGUGGAUGAUAUUCAAAAUAAGUUUGGUGGGGGCUUCGGCCCCGGAGCACAGGGGAGCAGUGGCCUCUGGGCCAAGAGACGGGGCUCAGAGAAAUUCAAAACAGAGCAUUCCGAAGAGAGGAAAGAGACUGCUGCUGGAAGGGAGGAGCGAUUAAUUGCGGUUAUACGCGAGGCAAUUUCCACACAGAGGGUAUUGCAUGCGGGGGACUUGUUACCUCUGCCGCUACCUUCACAUCCUAUCACUCAUGCUACCCCCCCGCCGGCCAAAAUUUCCUUCUGUGAGCCGGUGUCUCAAGGCUUAGUUAAACCAACUACUCGAAUUGUGCUUGUCGAAACCAAAUCUCGUCACCAAUCUCGAAUAUCCAAGGUUCUUCCAUCUCCAGGCCAAACGUUAUUAAAAGAGGUGGUCGAAGACGAAUGUGAUGAUACCUCGAACGAGCAGUUUUAUUCAGCUGCGGAAGAGAAGUCGAACAGCACAAGUAUGGAAAGUGCAUCACCACCUGACGAAUCCGAUACAGAAGUUUCAGCCAAAAGUUAUAGUGAUGCUUCUGAUGACUCCUUGGAUGAUAUGAUCUCAUUAACGGCCCCGGAGCUCCUUCAGCAACCUUCCGGAACAAUGUCCGCAAUGACAUCUAUGACCCCACGCCCUGGUGGCAAGAGGUUCGAUAUUCAUACACCAGGGUCCAUGCUCUCGAGCUUCACGAAUGCUACUACGCGCGCAGGAAGAAGUGCUGGGAAGACAUUCCGAGCCGAAGGCCUGUUGGCGAGAAUACCUAAUGAGAUCCUACAUCCUAAACCACGAGAGUUUGAAGAUUCAGACUCCUUUGUGUAUGUGGAUAUUCACACCCUUGCCAAAAUCGGUUGCUUCUCAGGAGACUGGGUGAGAAUCGAAGCUGCUGAGGAACCUCAGCUCAACAUGUUGUCUUCUCUAAAGUUUGAUAGCCUAAGCGGGCUUACGGAUAAUGCCGUUGAUGAUAUAACCUGGAGAGCUGUAAAGGUUUAUGGCCUUCCAGGGUUGAUAUCUCCAAAACCUCGAUAUUCGAUGAAUCCCUCCUCUACCAGGAGACCUACCAUAUCGCAGCUGCCAUCACAUCGGUUUACCCCUACAGCGCUAGUGCCGCCCAUAUUGUUAAACAAUCUAGGAAAUCCUAAGUACUUAAAGCUUUCCCCGAUAUCGGUUCAUGGGUCUCAACAAGCGAGCUCCAGACCUGGGGUACAACUGAAAUCGAGUUCACUCAAGAUGCCUCCUGUUGCGAAGGAAGUUACACUACUGAAAAUUUCUACUCCCCUUUCUAUGGAUAGGUCUCUCCAGCCCGCUCUAUUUGCCGGAUUAAAACGUUAUUUUGAAUCUAAACAACGAUUAGUUAAGAGUGGCGACCUCAUUGGCAUAAGCGUUGAUGAGGAGUUAGGGAAAACAAUAUACUCUUCUACCAAGAGUCCUGAUGUUGGUGAAGACGAAGAUUUGGCCGCUCAACUUGGGCUGUCUCCGGAUACUCAAUCGAGGUCACAAAAUGUGUUGAGAAAAGUGGGGGUUGCAUGGUUUCGUGUUAGUCAAGUUGUCCCUGCCCAUGUAGAGGGGUUAGAAAACAGUUCUGAUGAUGAACGUUGGGGCCGAGUGGCGGUCAUUGACACUUCUUCAACAAGAAUGGUGCAGGCAGGGAGUGAGAUAAGUCCCGUACCUGGAACACUACAUAAUGGAUGGGAGUAUUGGUUUGGUGUGAAGCCACUGCCGAAACCGAACAACGAGACAGGAAAGCCACAUCUCUUCCUCUCAGCGAAGCCUAAAAUAUUCGCUCCUUCAGUACAGAAACGUCUUCUGGAUCUCAUUUCUACAUCGACAAGCCCCAGGGCGAUCCAGCUCGGCAUGAAGCCUGUCGUUGUCCUGCUUACGUCUACUCAGCGGGCCAUCGGGAAAUCGACGGUUGCAUAUCGUGCUUGUGCCGAGGUUGGUCUUCAUACAUUUGCAAUCGAUUCCUACGAUAUUCUUGCCGAAGGGGGAGCCAAUGGAGGGGAUGUGAAGACGGAAGCUUUUCUCAAAGCUAGGGCGGAUCGUGCAUUCACAUGCGGAGCACAAUGCACUGCCUUGCUAAUACAGCAUAUCGAUGUCUUAACAGCUGAUAGAAUGGUUACAGCAAUGAAGGAUAUCGUCGCAGACGCCAGAGUUAUCAUCGCCACGACCACGGACAUUGAGAAAGUUCCGGAGGGCAUCCGAAGUCUUUUCACCCAUGAAUUUGAAAUGACGGCUCCAGACGAAAAGGAAAGAGAGGGUAUCCUACGCAACGUGAUCCAUGACCAAGGAAUCAAAAUUUCGGCUGACGUUGAUUUGGCCUCUGUUGCAGUAAAAACCGCCGCUCUCGUUGCGGGAGAUCUAGUCGAUGUUGUUGAGCGUGCAGUCGCUGCUAAAUCUCUUCGUCUUCAGAAGUUAGCAGAGAAUGCUACGACCUUUGAUGAAAGCUUAAAGGUCACUGUGCGAGACGUCCAAACUGCAGGAGGAGAUGCAUCUCGAUGUGUGACAAAAGAGGACUUCGAUGCCGCCGUAGAUGCCGCUAGAAAGAAUUUUGCGGAUGCGAUUGGUGCACCAAAGAUUCCUAACGUCAGCUGGGAUGAUGUCGGAGGCCUUACAAAUGUCAAGGAUGCCGUUAUGGAGACCAUUCAACUCCCGCUCGAACGACCAGAGCUUUUUGCAAAAGGAAUGAAAAAGAGAAGCGGAAUCUUGUUUUACGGACCCCCUGGAACCGGAAAGACUCUUCUCGCCAAAGCUAUCGCUACCGAAUUCUCCCUCAACUUUUUCUCCGUCAAGGGUCCCGAACUGCUUAAUAUGUAUAUCGGAGAGUCUGAAGCAAACGUUCGGCGUGUCUUCCAGCGCGCCCGUGAUGCGAGACCUUGCGUGGUAUUCUUUGAUGAGCUGGACUCAGUCGCACCGAAACGUGGAAACCAAGGCGACAGCGGUGGUGUCAUGGAUCGUAUUGUUUCCCAGCUCCUCGCCGAACUGGACGGGAUGAGCGCUGGAGACGAGAAUGGCGGAGGCGUUUUCGUAAUUGGCGCUACUAAUCGGCCCGAUCUCCUGGAUGCUGCACUCCUCAGGCCUGGUCGGUUCGAUAAAAUGCUGUACCUCGGUGUGUCGGAUACUCAUGAGAAACAAGUUACUAUUUUAGAAGCCCUCACACGGAAAUUCAACCUACAUCCAGACCUUUCGCUGCGGCGGAUUGCUGAACAACUACCUUUUACUUACACAGGUGCUGAUCUCGCUAAAGAACUUGAACAUUUCGAACGAGUUCGCCGAACCUUUGAAUCGGUUGACGAUGCAAAGAAACCAAAGCCAAACAUAUUGGCUAGCCCAGAAACGCCCUCUCGCGCCCCUUUAACAAUUGGCGAAGCGGCCAAUGGGCUUAAGUCCGGUACAUCUCCAGAAGACACUCUAUCAAUCGCACCAACAAACACUACGAACGACAACAAAACUACGGCUCCAUCGACGUUGCCUCAUCGAGCCAAGCACGGACAUAGGAAGAUCUCACGGGGAAAGGGCAAAACCAGUAUCAGCGGUGCGAAGGUGAAAGGCACCAUAUUGUCAUCCUCCCCUGAUCAAUACUCGGAGUCUGAGGAGGACGCUAUGAGCAGUCCCGUUGGUGAUGAUAAUGUAACCAAUUCGAAUGGGGUAGCUGCGCGCGGAUGGAAAGGGAAGGUGAAUGCCAAAGAUGCUGUUGUCUGUGACUCGAUAAUGACAGUCAAGGGUGAUGAAGCAGAGAAUGAGGGGAAAGAGGACGAGGACGAAUAUGUAAUUCGGACCGACCACUUGGUCCGGAAUGAUAAACGAUCAUGA